AUGACUGACCUGCCUCCCGGUGGAGCUCGAGGAGCUCCAACAUACACCUCCCCCGGCCGCCGCUCCUCCUACGCCUCCGUCGUGUCAGGCACCGCCUUUUCUCCCCCAAUCUCCAACUCUCUCACCAACAUCCUCAACGAUUCUCCCUCCUACCCACCUUCCUCCUCCCCCGACGGCCGUCCUCGCCGGACCCUGUCCGGCGCGGAUGCCGACAUGCAAUCCAUCUCCAUCUCCAGAAACAUGACGUCCGCCGACGCCGUCCCGCCUGAAUCUCGCCGAUAUUGCGCCUGGGCGGCUUCCGACUCCGAAAUCAACUUCUCCGUCUCCGAAUCCUCCUCUUCCUUUACGCCCUCCUACUUGAUCGGGUCCGCAUACAUCGAAGGCCUCGAAGAGGCCCAGCGAGCCAAGCUCGUAGCCCAACACCGCGAGGCCAACGGCUCAUCCACCGCCACCUCGAACCCGCCGCUAUCCACCUCCUCAAGCAACAUCCACCUGCCCCGCAUGGCGCCGUCCCACCGCGGCAUGACCUACGAUAUCAUCGAGAAGGAGCCGCCGCUGGCCAGCGACCAGCCCAUGCCGCUGCCAUCACAGUGGAGCGCGGAUGACGGCAAGGACGUUCUCGAGAUAACGGGCAAUGCGGUCCGAUAUACCGGGCCUCUACACAAGACCGAUCACGAAGCGGCCGCUGUUCGUGCCGAUCACCCGAUGCCGGCGCAGUGCGGCAUCUACUACUUUGAAGUUCGCAUCGAAGCGAAACCGUACCACGGGUAUGUUCCCCCUUCUGCCUACUUCGGCCCUCAGAGAACUCCGAGGUUUGUCUAUCUGCAGUUUGCUUACAAGCGGCGGUUUAGUAUGGUCGCAAUCGGAUUUUCUAGCACCAAGGCCUCCCUGGAACGACUUCCCGGCUGGGAGACCGAGUCUUGGGCUUACCACGGCGAUGAUGGGAAGUCCUUCUUUGGCGAAAGUCAGGGUCAAGGUCGUACUUACGGUCCGCAGUUUACUGUAGGGGAUAUCAUUGGGUGUGGUGUGAACUUUCACACCCGUGAAGCGUUCUUUACGAAGAAUGGCAUUUUUCUAGGCGUUGCUUUCACCAAUAUCCCUGACAUCCCGCUUUUUCCGUCUGUCGGGCUAAAACGCCAGCCACCCGUGUAUCUUGUGACGAACUUUGGGCGCGAUAAAUUCUGCUUCGAUAUUGACAAGAUGGUCAAACCACCACUCAACGAAGCAUCCCUGAUGCAGGAACUGGUAGCCCAGUUCCUCGCCCAUGACGGGUACGUCGAAACCGCCCGCGCCUUCGCCGAAGACGUCGCUGCCGAAGCCGCAUCACUGCAGAGCGGGAACGCCGCCCCACUGAACCAGUACGAGGUGGAAGAGGACCACGACGCCAUCCGCCGUAACCGUAAGUACACCUUCUUCCUUUCCGAGGAAGAUUCUAAACAGUGUCUAGAAAUCCGCUCCGCCAUCCUGGAUGGCAACAUCGACAAAGCACUCAAGCUCACAACAGCACACUACGAAAGCGUCUUGGAAGCCCAGCCACAGAUCCAAUUUAAGCUCCGCUGCCGCAAAUUCAUCGAAAUGAUGCGCAACGUCCAGGACCUCACCGAAGCAAUGAACGACUCCAAGGCUGAAGCUAACCUGCGCUCCCGUCCCGCCUCCCCAAACAACGAAAAUGCCAUCUUCGACCAGGAGAUGGAGCUCGAUGGCAGCGAGAACAUGGGCGGCGUGAAGCUGGAGCCUGAGGAUCUGAAGAUGGAUACGGAUGGCGACGUACCGUCUCCGACCGUGGCUCGGUUCAAUGAAUUGCUUACUGAAGCCGUGCAGUACGGCCAGCGCCUACGACUCGAUUACAAUUCCGGCGGCGAGGGCGUUGAUCUGAAGAUGCUGGAUGAGGUCUUUUCGCUGGUUUGCUACGCUGAUCCGAAGAGUUCUAUUCAUGGACACUAUCUUGAUUCUGAGGGACGGGUUGCUGUUGCGGAGGAGUUGAACUCGGCUAUUCUUGUCUCCCUCGGCAAAAGCUCCGAAGCCGCUCUCGAACGACUGUACCGACAAACCGAAGUCCUCGUGAAGGAAAUCAGCGACGGCGGCCCAGGCGCAUUCAUCAAUGUCCGCAAUGAUCUUGCGUGGCAACGCGAUUCCGAGUGA